CUCUUUCCUCCAACGCAGGAACGUGCCCCGGUUGGUUUUACAUUUUGAGAGAGAGCUUUCGUCUUCGUUAACUCUAGGGUUUAUCUUCUGCAAACAAUCCGGCGGCGAUUGUAACUUUUCGCCAUGCCCCAGGGAGAUUACAUUGAGCUUCACAGGAAGCGACAUGGCUACCGCCAUGACCACUUUGAGCGGAAGCGCAAGAAGGAGGCUCGUGAAGUUCACAAGCGAUCUGCCAUGGCUCAGAAGGCUCUGGGUAUUAAGGGUAAGAUGUUCGCGAAGAAACGAUAUGCGGAGAAGGCUUUGAUGAAGAAAACAUUGGCUAUGCAUGAGGAGUCUUCAAGUAGACGCAAGGUCGAUGACGAUGUUCAAGAAGGUGCUGUUCCUGCCUAUCUUUUGGAUCGUGAAAAUACAGCUCGAGCGAAAGUUCUUAGCAACACAAUUAAGCAAAAGAGGAAAGAAAAAGCUGGAAAAUGGGAAGUCCCCCUGCCCAAGGUCAGGCCUGUUGCUGAGGAUGAGAUGUUUAAAGUGAUAAGAACUGGUAAAAGGAAAACAAAACAAUGGAAGAGGAUGGUCACAAAAGCUACAUUUGUUGGGGCAAGUUUUACACGAAAACCUCCUAAGUACGAGCGAUUCAUCCGUCCAUCAGGGCUUCGAUUUACAAAAGCACAUGUAACACAUCCCGAACUUAAAUGCACAUUCAAUCUUGAGAUCAUUGGAGUGAAGAAAAAUCCAAACGGUCCCAUGUAUACAUCUCUAGGUGUCAUGACCAAGGGAGCUAUUAUUGAGGUGAAUGUCAGUGAACUGGGUUUGGUCACACCAGCUGGGAAAGUAGUAUGGGGGAAGUAUGCUCAGGUGACCAAUAAUCCUGAGAAUGAUGGCUGUAUAAAUGCUGUUCUGCUUGUUUAAACGAACCGAUCAGAUCAAAUGAGAUGGGAAGAGAUUAAAUUAAGAGCAGAAAUGGCACUCUUUUUGAAGCGGUAUUUAGACCUUUUUGUUUUUGUUUUUGUUUUUGUGUUCUUGGAGGGUAUUAGUUAGUUCUCUUCAUUGACAUGUAAUCUUAGAAGUGUAUUUCUUACCGAUUUUCUCCAGGAAUCGAACAGGCAAAUAUAUCUAUAGAACUUUAUAUUAUAUUGUUUAGUAA